CACAACCAUAGCGGUGUUGCUCAUAACGUGGGAAGACUUCUCAGGAAGUCACCGUGUCAGCCAUCGCAGCCAAUAUUGUCACAGCCCAACAGUCACCAGCCGAUAUCAUGAAUCCGCUCUAUGUGCUUCUUGCGGCCACUUUGCUGGUUGCCAGUAUCGACGCCGUAUAUUACGGUAGCUAUGGUAGCUACGGUGGCUACGGCCGAGGAAGCUACGCCGGCUACGGAGGAUACGGAAGCCAAGGAGGCCAAGGAGGCCAAGGUGGCUACGCCGGCCACGGUGGCUACGGCGGGCAUCCGAUGUAUCGCUGGGGACGUCAGAAGAGACAUGCAAGGAAACGGACAUUCAACUUUGAGAAAUAAAAGUCUUUCUAAUCCCGAUAGUGCAGAUGGCUACAGCCGAUCAGUUGUCAACUACUACAGGGCGGCCCAGAAUUAUUUUCCCUCACACAAUGGAUACACAAUAGAAUUCUAUUGUCCAAAGGAAAAUAAUUCUGGGCCACCCCGAAUAAAACCAAAAGAUGUACAGCAGAAGUGUAUACUAAUAUCGUUAUCAUUCCUUGUAUGCAGUGUCAGCAUAAUAAAUGCAAUUUAUUCAAAGAAUGUUCAAAAAUAA